UCCAUCAGUAAGUAAAUUUGUGUUCUACCAGGAACAGAUUAAAUAGGAAGAUAAUUAGACAAUUGUGAUCUGAAUUGGAAUUAUGACAGAUAUAACUAUUCCUGAAUUUUUUAGUGGAAAGCAAGUUUUUAUAACUGGAGGAAGCGGAUUUAUCGGAAAAGUCUUAAUCGAGAAACUCCUACGAUGCUGUCCCGAAGUAAAGACCAUUUAUCUCCUGGUCAGAAGUAAGAAAAAUCAGAAGCCCCAGGAACGAGUCAGAACCAUCCUGGACAAUCCGUUAUUUGAUACAAUAAGACAAACCAAUCCAAAGGUUUUGGACAAAGUCCAGGCCAUCACCGGUGAUGUCAGCGAAUUGCGAUUGGGCCUGGACGAAGAGGACAGGAAAAGACUUUUAGGCUGCCAUGUCGUUUUUCAUGCUGCAGCAAGUGUCAGAUUCGAUGAUCCCCUAAAACAGGCAACCCUGAUGAACACUCGAGGGACACGCGAAAUUAUGGAACUGAUGUUAGAUAUGCCCAAUUUGGUGGUCGGUGUCCACGUGUCGACUGCAUAUUGCAACACCGACAAAGACGUCAUCGAGGAAAAGGUCUACAGGGACCAUGGAGAUUGGAAAGAGGCCAUCAGAUUGGCAGAAGGGUACCAGGACGACUAUACAAUGGCUUGUUUAACCGAAAAAUGUCUGAAUGGUUUGAAGAAUACCUAUAUUUACACCAAACAUUUGGCAGAAAAUGUCGUGGAAGACUAUAGCCAUCGUCUGCCUUUAGUUAUAUACCGACCAGGAAUUGUCACUUCUAUGUGGAAGGAACCUUUGCCAGGAUGGGCUGACAAUUUAAAUGGUCCUGUCGGCCUCAGUUUAGCAACAGGCAAAGGAUUUUUGAGAGUCAUGCAAGCAGAUCCUAACCAUAUAUUGGACAAUAUGCCGGUUGACCUGGUUGUAAACGGCAUGAUGACUGCCAGUUGGAAAAAAGGAACGGAAAGAGAUACACAGACUCUUCCUGUUUACAAUUGCUCCAUGAACACUUACAUGAAGCAAACGCAUGCAGAAAUUCGCGACAUGGCACUUGCAGAAGUUAACGAUUAUCCGUUUAAUGGCACCAUGUGGUAUCCAUUUAAUUAUUUUGUAAAAAGUCUUACGACGUUUCGAAUUCUGUUCGUAUUACUAAAUGCUUCGGUAGCAGUCCUUGUGGACGAAUUGCUGAAAGUAGCUGGGAAAAAACCAAUGCUGGGCAAACUGACAAGAAAAGUAUACUUCGCCAUAAUAUCAGUUUCGUAUUUCGUUUCGAGAAACUGGCUUUUUAAAUCCAAAAACUUUACGAAUCUUAGCAAGGAAGUUCUACGAAGCGACAGGAAAGACUUCGAUGUCGAUGGAAGUAAACUCAACGUUCGGGAAUUCGCCAGAAAUGCCAGAAUUGGAAUGUCUAAAUAUCUUUUGAAGGAGGAAAUAGAUCUUCCGAGUGCCAGGGCACAAUACCAAAAGUUGAAAAUCCUGCACUACUCCGUAAAAUAUUUAUUCUGGACCUGCCUCUUGUACUAUGUGAUACUCCCAAAGAUCAACAGUUAUUUAGUACAGUAGUAACAAUUUUAUUUUAGUAAAAUUAUUAGUUAGCAUUGACG